ACAUAAUUCUAGAGAAAGAAAAGACAGCCAUGUUCGCGAAGCUCCUCACCAUCGUCUUCUUUGUCAUUCUAGUCUCUCAACUCCUAAAGUCCUCUUCCCAAUUUCUCGACAACUUCACUUACAAUGGCUUCCAUCCUCCGUUAAAUCUCAUAUCCCUCCAAGGAAUCGCUAGGGUCACGCCCACGGGUCUAUUAGAGCUAACCAAUUCAACGUCGCAUCAAACCGGUCACGCCUUCUACACCCAACCAAUCCGGUUCAAAGAUUCUCCAAAUGACACCGUCUCAUCCUUCUCCACAACAUUUGUCUUCGCCAUCCACUCACAGAUUCCAACCCUUGGCGGCGACGGCAUCACCUUUGUCGUGGCCCCUACCUCCAGCCUCCCGUUUGUAAGAUCCGGCGCCCAAUACCUCGGACUCUUCAACCGCACGAACAACGGUAAUGAAACGAAUAAUAUAUUCGCUGUUGAACUAGACACGAUACAGAAUAAAGAGUUCAAUGACACGAAUGAUAACCAUGUCGGGAUCGAUAUCAAUAGCUUGAAGUCAGUGAAAAGUUCGCCGGCGGGGUACUGGGACGAGAAAAGUCAGUUUAAGAACCUUACGUUGAUCAGUGGUAAGCCCAUGCAGGUUUGGGUCGAGUAUGAUGGUCUCACCCAUCAGAUCAACGUAACAAUGGCUCCUUUCAACCAUGAUAAACCUAUAAAACCGCUUAUCUCUACUGUCAGGGAUCUGUCCCAAGUUUUUCUGGAAGAUAUGUUCGUAGGUUUCUCGUCUUCAACUGGUUUGAUUAAGACAAAACAUGUUAUCCUUGGGUGGAGUUUCCGGCUGAAGGGGAGAGCUCCUCCGUUACACUUACAAAGUCUUCCAAAAUUUAUAGAGUCGCAGUACAAGAGAAGCGGGGACACACCGUUGACUUCCGUGUUUAUUCCAGUGUCAGUUCCCCUUGUGUUUAUGAUUUCGCUCAUCUUCCUUGCGUGCUUCAUAUUAAGGAGGAAAAGAAAGUUUACAGAGAAGCUAGAAGAUUGGGAAACAGAGUUCAGGAAGAACCGACUCAAGUUCAAAGACUUGUACUAUGCCACCAGAGGAUUCAACGACCUUCUCGGAUCUGGCGGGUUUGGAAGCGUCUACAAAGGUGUCAUGAAAAAGAAAGAGAUCGCCGUGAAAAGAGUGUCGAACGAAUCCCGACAAGGGUUGAAAGAGUUUGUGUCUGAGAUCGUGACUAUUGGUCGGAUGAGUCACCGGAACUUAGUCCCUCUCUUGGGUUAUUGCCGCCGGAAAAAGGAGCUUCUUCUGGUGUACGAGUACAUGCCCAACGGAAGCUUAGAUAAAUAUUUGUAUAAUAGUUCCGAGGCUACCCUCAACUGGAAACAGAGAAUUACAAUCAUUAAAGGUGUGGCCUCUGCUUUAUUCUUCCUCCACGACGACUGGGAACAAGUGGUGAUUCACCGCGACAUCAAAGCCAGCAACGUCUUAUUAGAUGUAAAUUACAAUGGGAGACUCGGAGAUUUCGGUUUAGCUCGGUUGUGCUGUCACGGUACAGAUCUUCAAACCACUCAUGUCGCUGGGACAUGGGGAUACCUAGCCCCCGACCUCAUGAGGACAGGAAAGGCCACGACUGCUACCGAUGUUUUUGCGUUUGGGGUGCUCCUACUAGAAGUUGUGUGCGGUAGACGUCCUAUUGAGAUUGAUAAUGAGAGUGGUGAGAGGGCCUUGCUCAAGGAUUGGGUUUUUGAGAUUUGGAGGGAGGGGAACAUUAUGGAUGCUAAGGAUCCAAAUCUAGGGACAGAGUAUGACCAAAGAGAGGUUGAAAUGGUUUUGAAACUAGGUUUGUUGUGCUCUCACUCCAACCCCCAGGCUAGACCAACGAUGAGACAAGUGUUACAUUACCUAAGCGGAGAUGCAAUGUUACCAGAUUUGUCGCCUUUGGACUUGUGUGGGAGCGAGAUGAUGUUGGAAACCCACCAUGAACUUAGCGAGAUAGGCAUGCUUACAGGUGGAUCUUCAAUGGUUGAUUCUGUACUCUCCGGUGGGAGGUGAUUUUUGAAUAUCAGAAUGUUUGUGUGCCUUACAUUACAGAUUAUAGAAAAGUUCUAACCGCAUGAUCAUGUUGUUCAUGAAAUAAAUGAAACUUUAUGAACUUGUUUUACAUAAACUUUUUUUU